AUGAGUAUUAGAGCUGGUCCACAGCCAGAGACGCUGUUUCACUCGUGCAUCCGGUUCGUAGCAAAAAAUCUACAGCUGUAUAAAAACAUCGAAUAUCUGGAGUUGCUGCCGGCACUGGUAAAAAAUGCCAUCUUUCUGAACGUUGUGCGCGUUCACAAAGGCUUUCACGACGAAGAGCUACCCCGGCUGCUGCUUAACUCGUCCCUCACCAGAAUAAACCUGUCGACAUCGACGAUCACCGACGGUAUCUUAAUGCUGAUGGCUGAAAAGUGUCCUCACCUGCGUAGCCUUACCCUAACCGAGGGGAACUAUCGGUUUACUCGCAACGGUCUGCACGCAAUGAUACAGCGACUGGGCAAACUGCAGCAUUUGUACGUGAAAAAUUGCCCAAUGAUCGACGACGAGUUUGUACGCGUGUUGACGAGCAGCUGUCCCCAACUGGACACACUUGAUCUCGAGUCGUGCAAGAACGUUGGUGAUGGGUCGGCAGAUUGUUUGAGCGGCAUGCCACUGAUACGGCUUAACGUUUCCCACACGAGCAUUACGGACAAAUUCCUAAAGGCGAUCGCCAACGAACGAUGCGGAAAGACGUUGGAAGAUCUGAACGUGGGCCACUGUCCGAUUACUAGCGAUGGGCUGUCGGCAUUGUCCUGGAACACGAUAAAGUACAUUGGUUUCGAAGGAUGUAGCAUCGAGGAUCUGGAAAUUGUAGGGUUUGGGAAGCAUCUGAAAUACAUCUACUGGACCAUCUCUAACUGA